CCCCCCGCCCCCGCUUCGAUGUGGGGGUUGCCCGGCUUGGGUGUGUGGGUCCAUCCAAGAGGAGGCACGCCCAUGGCUUGCUGUGGAAUUUGCGCGACCAAAGACCCCUCCAUCUUUCCUCCCCCUCUCCGUGCCUCUCCUCCACACAUCUUGCAUAUGGACGAACAAAAAUUCAAACUGGGGACAUCCCCCUCACUGGGGCCCCUUGGCAGCAAGACUCUCGAUGAGCCGCGCCUGUUCGAGGUGUCCUGGGAGGCUUGUAAUCGCGUUGGCGGGAUUUACACUGUCCUGAAGACCAAGGCCGCGACUACUGUCGAGGAGUUUGGCGAUCGCUACUGCCUCAUUGGGCCGUAUUCCAACAACUCGCAGCUGGAGUUCGAGCCGGACUACCAUCUGAAUGGUGCCAGCCCGGCCCUGCGGCGGACCAUCGAGGAGAUGCGCGGCCAGGGUGUCGUCGUACACUACGGCCGGUGGCUGAUCAGCGGCUAUCCAUCGAUCCUGCUCUUCGAGUUGGGCCCUGUGUCGGGGCGUCUCGGCGAGUGGCGGCACAACUGGAUCAACUUGACCAAGAUCCCCACCCCCGAGCAGGACACCGAGACCAAUGAUGCCAUCCUUUUUGGAUACCUGGUGGCCUGGUUCCUGGGGUCCUACCUGGCCCAGUACCAACGGUACCUGGACGAGAUGCGCCCCGGGGUUGAGGACGAGAUCACCCCGCAGGUGAUUGCGCACUUCCAUGAGUGGCAGGUCGGCGUGGGGUUGGUCCUCUGCCGGGCGCGCAUGUUCCGCAUCGCCACCCUCUUCACCACGCAUGCCACUCUGCUUGGUCGAUACCUGUGUGCUGGUGACGUGGAUUUCUACAACACCUUCUCGCAUGUGAACGCCGACUUCGAGGCCUCCAAACGCCAAAUCUACCACCGGUAUGCCAUUGAGAAGGCUGCCGCCCACAGUGCACACACCUUCACCACGGUGUCCAAGAUCACUGGCGAUGAGGCCCUGUACCUUCUGGGCCGGGCGCCUGACAUCAUUACCCCCAAUGGCCUGAAUGUGGUCAAGUUCAGUGCCCUGCAUGAGUUCCAGAAUUUGCACGCCCUGAGCAAGGAAAAGAUCCAUGACUUCGUGCGCGGGCACUUCUAUGGCCAUUACGACUUCGAUCUCGACAACACCCUCUACUUCUUCACGGCCGGGCGCUAUGAGUACCGCAACAAGGGCGUGGACAUCUUCAUCGAGUCUCUCUCCCGUCUCAACCACCGGCUCCAGCUGUACGGAAGCCCCGUAACUGUGAUCGCUUUCUUCAUUUGCCCUACCCCGCACAAUAGCUUCUGUAUCGACGCGCUCAAGGGCCAGGCCGUAGCUCGACAGUUGCGCGAGACAGUGGCGGAACUGCAGCAGGACAUUGGCAAGCGCAUUUAUGAGGCAGUUCUCCGCGGUCACAUUCCCGAUGCGGCCACCCUCAUCAGCGAGUCGGACCGUGUCAAGUUGAAGCGCGGACUCUUUGCCACAGCCAAGCGUGAUUCUCUUCCCCCGGUGACGACGCACAAUGUUGCCAAUGAUGGCUUUUUCAGCCAGACAUCCGGGGCGGCCACCACGCCGGACCCCAUCCUGACGGCCUUCCGCCGGACGCAACUGCUCAACAAACGCAGCGACCGCGUGAAGGUCAUCUUCCACCCGGAGUUCCUGUCCUCCACCAGCCCGCUUCUACCCAUCGAUUAUGAGGACUUCGUGCGGGGCUGUCACCUGGGUGUGUUCCCCUCUUACUACGAGCCCUGGGGCUAUACCCCGGCCGAGUGCACGGUCAUGGGUGUGCCGAGCAUCACCACCAACCUGGCCGGCUUCGGAUGCUAUAUGGAGGAGACUAUCGACCGGCCAACCGACUACGGCAUCCAUAUUGUCGACCGCCGUUUCAAGUCGGUCGAGGAGUCCAUCAACCAAAUGACCGAGUACAUGCUGAACUUCUGCCUGAAGACCCGCCGCCAGCGCGUGAACCUGCGCAACCGGACUGAGCGUCUGGCCGACUUGCUGGACUGGCGCCGCAUGGGGCUGGAGUACUCCAAGGCCCGAUUCAUUUCACUCGUGCGCGAGUACGGCAGCCUCUACCCCCCGGAGCGCCAUGCCCUGGUGGAGGAAAUCCUCCGGUCAUCGCGCAACCCUUCCAAGCUGAGCCGACCCUUCUCGGCCCCCCCCUCGCCGAAGGCGGGGCACUUCCCCCCGGCGGGACCAAUGUCGAGCCGCCAGGAUAGUUACGAGCCGAUGGCCGGCUCUUCUGGCCACCCGCCGCGAAUUCGCAUCCAGGGGGCCCAGGGCGAUCUGACGGCCGGUUCCGAUGUGCCUGGGGGCUCGCCGGAGAAGGACCGGCGGUUUGGUGAGGAUGUCGCGCCCCUGUCGGCUCAGCACCGGUCUGGCAGUGUGCCACGCCUACCGACACUGGACAUGGCCGCCGUUGGGGGGCUCAUCAGCAGCCCGCCUGGGUUGUCAGCCGGACCUGGAGGUGGUGGCAGUGGCCUGCUUUUCAGCGGCCAAAUGCCCGAGGGCUGCGAGUGUCUGCCGGAACUGGGACAUUCCAGCAUGUCGAGCGAUUGCCCAGCCAAUCGACUCCCCGGCAUGGCACCCCUCUCCCCUCAUCGACGGUCGUCCUCUUCUGGUGCCAUUCCCGGGCUUGGGGGCAACUUGUCGGCUAUGGGAAGGGACUCGUCAAAGGCGGCGACCGCUGCCGCCGCUGCUGCCAACACCACAAGCAAUGUCUUUAACAAUGCCAUCAGCGGGGCACUUAGCGGUGGUGCCUCCUCCGGUCGGCCGACCACCGGCAUGACGACCUCCGGGUCUUGGGUGUCCUAUGAGGACCUGGGGGAGGGUCUUGGGCCGGACUCAGCCGGUUCAACACGGCAGGGCACUUCACGGCGGGCGCCCACGUCUACCGGAACCACUCGCCGGAAUGGCGGCAGCAUGGCCGCCGCCACCGCCACCACCACCACCACCGCCAUCGCCAGUGGUGCGGGGGGAAGCCCCCAGCGCCGGCCGGCGCCGACUGUGGUGGGCGACUUGCAAUCGGCAGACACACGCGUCACUGCGCGAACGGGCUCCUUCGGCAUGUCAGAUGAGAGCGCUGGAGCGGCACGGGCCGACGACAAUCUUGCCGAUUUGGCAGCCAAGAUGAGCGCUCUGUCAUCAGGCGGUGAUUCGGGGUCCACCGAUGCGCAUGCCGAUAUUUUGUCGGAUGCAAUGCGCCAGUCGUCGACCCCCCCGGUUCAUGGAACCGUUUUGCCAUGCAACCAGUAGUCCUGCUUUUGUGAGACAUGUCCACCACCACCACCUCCUCCUAUGUGAGUGUCACGUCCAACUGCGUACACCUUGCGACCCACCACUAUUCCUUCCCCCUCCCUCAACGGACGCAUGUACACAUACACAUCCCCGAAGCAUUUCCCAAUCCGUGCAUCCUUCCCUCGACCGGCCGCUGUCCGAACAUUUUCUUGACUUUACCUCUCAGCGCCGCAGGCGAGGGUAUAGGCGACUGGGCUGGCCUCUUCCUCCCCCCUUCGUCAAUGGCGGGCUUCAUCAGACUGGAGGGAGAGGGAGAAGGAGACCGAUUGUCUCGCAACAAAUGCACGGCAUUCCUGCACACUGAGCCCGGGGCAGAAGUCCGAGGGAAAGCGGUAUCAGGUUGGUCCCAAGAGCAACA